AUGGAGGACCUUGGGGGACCCAACGGACAACAAGGAGGAAGUUCUUACAGUAGACCUGGAGAACCCUACAGGCAACAAGGAAGACGCCCAUACGGAGGACUUGGUGGAAAUUCGUAUGGAGGAGCUGGUCCCUUUUUAGGAGGGCAACGAGGAAAUUCCUUUGGAGGACCUGGGCCGUAUCCGUUUGGAGGACGAGGAGGAAAUCCGUACUGGGGAACUGGAAGUAACCCCUAUGGAGGAUUUGGAGGAAUUGGAGGAUAUGCACGUGGUGGACCUGGAGGUUCUUUUGGAAGAUCUAGUGGAUGGAACUGGUCAGGGAGAUAA